UUGGAUCGUUGCCACCAAUUACCAUAGAAACCACUACACAAACCACGCGUCCUCACUAUAAAUAGCUUCAUUAGUUCAGUAGCGGCUGGUGGGUAUUUUCACUGAGGAGUUUCCUUCUAGUUUUUGAAACAGAUUGUUGUAGUUCAGUUUUAUAGGCAGGAUGACUAAUGAGCGAAAGUAUCACACCCCGGUGAAAAUUGGAAACUGGAACGAGGACCUGCGCCUUGAAGAGGAUGCCAAGAAAGAAUAUCUGGAGAAAAAGGAAAGGGGCGAGCUUACGGCCCAAAAAGUAGACUUGCUGAAACGGAAAAUUUUGAGACCGGUGGAUCUCUCUGUCGCAAAUGAUGGACGAUUGCACUUUGGGGAUGUUGUGAUGUUGGUGAACAUGGGAGGAGGAAACAGGGGUCGCAGUGCGGUGUGCAUCAACGCAGACAUCAACAGUUUGAUAAAGAGCCCGUCGCCGAGCAUCCGGGCCCCAUGUGGACUCAGUGCAGGAGGAGGUAUCCAGGCCUGCACACGCACUGCCUUCAUCAUUACCAGUGUAGAUGGCAGUCCCGAAGGAUCGACUCUGCUCUUUGAGCAAAGUUUUGCCCUGAAAACGACAAGUGGCUUUGCCAGCGGACUUUACCUGACGAGUGAUCUCAAAAGUUUUCAAAAGUGUGCGAAGAAGUCUCGCCUACAAGAGGUGGACUUGGUUGACAACGCUUCCUUUCUCUCAUGGUGGAAAAUAGUGCACUUUGACCCCCAGGAGAGGCUCGAAUAUGAGGGUCAGCCUGUCCCUGCUAAUGUGAAGGUUCUGAUCAUACACUGCAAGACAAACAAGGCUCUUGCUGUUCUGGGUGAUCACAUCCUUUGGACCACAUAUGGCAAAGAGUAUGAGGUGGUGGCUCACACCUUCUUGGACUCCCACAAAGCUGAACAGGACGAAAACCACUGGGUAGUGUGCACCUCGGACCCUGCAGGAGGUGGGCUUGUACUUCUCAACCACCCAGAGUCGGCGGCUCAAAAUAAUGAGCCCGCACAGGACAAACCAGACCAAAUAUAACACAAUCCACU